CUUCUUCUCGCUAUUUCUUUCUUUCUUACUUGCCAAUGUAUGUUCAUCAAUUUUUUGUUUGGGGAAUGGACUUCGGUUUUCUUGUUUAAUUUAAAAUAAAUCAGUAACUUAUCACAUAAACAUUCUUACAUUUUAUAGUGUAGUGGUAAAUCUCUGAAGAAAUUGUUGUAUUUACUGGUUUUCGACAGACAUUUUGUAGCAGGCAUAAGGCCUUAGAAACUGAAAUGGGGAAGAAAAAAGGAAAAUCGAAAAGUUCUAAACAGACGUUUGCGUCUGGCUCAACAAAAGAAGCGGAGAAUUUUUCACAUAAAGAUAACGAUAUGGACAUUAUAGCUGCCGCGAUAAGUGCAGCGAAUCAAGUAGUAUUCUUAAAAGUUUGUAGGCUUUGCGAGUCCAAAGAUGGGCCCUUUCUCAACAUAUUUGACCCUGAUAAAAUUACCGCUAAGAAGAUCGACGAAUUAAUGCCAUUUGCGAUAACAGAAAAUGAUGAUCUACCUCAUAAAAUCUGCUUUAGAUGUUCUGCAAAAGUGGAGGAAUUACACGAGUUCUUACAGAAAUGUAUUAAAACGCAAAAUAGUUUACGAAGUGCCAUGGGUAAAAAAGAACCACUCGCGAUUAAACCUAAAACUAGGACGCUUUGGGAAGAAAAACUGAAUAAAUCAAACAUGUCCAAUGAUGAUAUUUGUGACGCACUGAUUAAAAAAGCAAUGGAAGGUAUUAAAGAUAAACCUUUAAAUGAAAAUUCUUUAAGUGCCAAUCACAAAAAAGACACAAAACAAUCACCUGUUACUACAGUGGCACCUAAAAAUAAGAAAAUCCCAGAAGAUACAUCUUCAAUCAAAAUUGAAGAAGAAGAAUUAGAGAAGUCUUCAAAUGAUAAGAAAGUAUUAUCUGACAGUCCUAAUGAUAGUAAAUUUAUACCAACUAGGGCUUCAAGGUCAAAAAAAUCAGUUGACAAUUUGCUUGAUGGAUUGGAGGAUAUGAAAAGAAAAAAAAUGACUGCCAAACAAAAUGAUCAAAAACCAACAGAUGAUGCAUCAGUCAACAAAAACAAAGGUAUAAACGAUCUGAGUUUUGAUUAUGACGAUUCUUACUUAAACAAUAAAAUAAAUAGAUCUAAUAUUAAUCCUACACCUCAAGAAGAAACAAAAGAAGAAGCACCCGCUGCAAAGCCUAAACCGUUUGAUAUCAUGGAUCAUGUUAGCAUGAUUAAAGUCCAUGGUGUUGGUGUUUUAUUUCAGUGUAAGCUUUGUAAUCGAAACUUUUUGAAAAAGGAGUUAGUCAUGUCACACGGUUGCGCCAAAACUGGCGUGCCCAGAGUGGAUUUUACCAAAAACUUAGUCCCACCGGCACCACCUAAAGUUCCAGUUGUAAAAUAUAUUAAUACCAAGAUUGAUGAUGUAUCUAAUAAACCACCAAUAGAGAAUAAGUCGGAAACUGUAAAAAAAGCACCUUUAGACACUAAGCCUAAACCUAAGAUAGGACCCGCAAGUAAAGUGAAAAAACAAGAUAACGAGUAUGGUUCAGUUAUUGGAAUGACUGUUAUUCCAAUGGAACAGGUUUCUUCUCCUUCACAAAAAGUUACACCACCUACACCAGUAGAAAUUCCAAAUAAUAUAACACCAUCUGUCCAGUUCCCGACAAUUCCAAGUUUGAAUUCUCGUUACAAACUAGUGCCGGGCCCUAAUAAUACAUACCAACUAGUAGAAGAGCCAGUGAUCAAUUCUGAGCCAGAGCCAGAAAAACCUGUAGAUGAAGUUAGAAAACGAAAAAGUGACCCACCUAAAGCUUUAGCAGCAAAAACACGUAGACAAAAUUCAGACAAUGAUAAAAGUAAACAAAAGUCUUCCGAAGUUAUUCAUGUAGAUAAUCAGCCUGUUAAACCUGCGCCUUCUGGUGCUCAACCUUAUCCGGUAGGAUUGUUUCAAACACGGCCACAUCAUUCUGGAAUCUUCACAGCGCCUGUGCCACCGGAAGCACCCUUUACUACACCUGCUAUGAAAAAACAGUCCUACACUGUCGUUCAAACCGGUAAUCCAAGUAAAUUGCUCAUUUCAUCGAAACCACAAGUAGUACCUGAGGAAGCUCCUAAACGUAAAACAAAGAAAUCUAAACCCGAAGUUAAAACCAAUAUAGAAGAUAAGCAGCCAUUUACUGUUACUUUAGAGGAUGAAACUCCACCCAAAGAUUCCGGUUUCUUCACUUUCAUCAAUGUAGAUCCAUUGCUACAGCCUUCUUAUGUGUUACCGACUGAUAAUAUCAUACAAGAAUCUCAGAUAUCCACAUCUACACCUGCUUCUAAGACCGCAAUAGAUAAUAAAGAAAAGGAUAAAUAUUCAUGUAAUAUGUGCAGUGAGACAUUUUCACGGGAAAAGAAAUUGUUAACACACAUACAGUCACAUUACAAUAAGAUGGAUGAAGAAGAUCAAAUGAGAGCAGAUAAAAAUACGCGUAAAAGAAGUGGGAGGAAGAAUUAAAAUGAUUUACUCUAAUACAUAAGCAUAUGCAUUUACUGACUAGCAGUAAGUAUAACUAGUUGAUAUUUGUAAUAUAAUUGCUACUUUUCCAUUUUUGAUGUUUGACUGUCUUGGUAAAAGAGAUUCAAUUUGGUUGAAUGAGUUGUUAUUUAAAAUCAGAUUAAUAAUACUUAAAACAAAGUAGUAUUUUAUAACAAUAUACUUAUUUUGUUACUUGUUGUAAUUUUUUUAUGUUAAGAUGAUGUAACGGUUGAAUUUAUUUUGGCUGUCAAAAGAUUACUCUAGUGUUGGAAUUGGAUGCAUUUUUAUCAAUGUAAAUGUCCAUAUUCUUUUACAAUUAUGAAAUGGCAAAUUAACAAUAUGUAACUGCUCACGCGAAUUUUUAGAUCAAAAAGAAGUUUUUUCCUGUUUAGCAUAUUUAACAAUCGCAUUAUAUUUUGAGCCGUGACGUCACAUUUCAAUAAAUAUGAGUAUAGCAGGGCGACUCUGGAAAUCCGAACCGGAUUUCACUCUUGUGGCCGAAUAAACAUCAUUUAAUGGAAAAGAAAUAUAUUAAUUCCAUUUUUUGUAUAAAAUACAAAACAAAAUUAAUUGAUUGAUUAUAUGUCUUCGAUAUUCUAUUCCCAUGUCGUUUCGAAACUCACUUCACGUUAUUACCAAGUCAAGAUUGAGCGGAUGUCGUUUUUUGAAGUGAAUUUAGACACCUGAGUGAAUUCGACUUCGGGUUUGGAUUUUUACUGAAUCGCAGGGCUGGUUUCACUCGGAACAAAGAUAUUGACGUAUUGUUUUUUGAUAUGUGAAUCAC